UUUGUUGUUCUUCUUCUUCUGGUACCCAGAGCUGAGGCAUUUGAUGCUGAUGACGCUAUAGCUAUUGUUCUGGGGUCGGCAAUAGCCUGUGCUGGGUUUUGUGCGUGUUUAGGAUGGUAUGCCAGAAAAAGAACCAGUUGUGACAAAGAAAUAUUAAGUAAGCCAGCACUGGAGACUGGAUCUGAGAUAAAAUAA